AUGUAUGGUGCUUUAUUUCAUUGACACAAUCUGUUGAAUACGUUAUAUGGUCUCAUGACUUCGUGGGAUGUUUGAGUGACUUGCUAACAUGGGGGUGGGAUCGGGGGUCGUGUGCAGGUCUCAAAAUUCUAGACCCCCUGCGGCUAGUAGGAUGCCUAAAGUGGUUAGUAUCUAUAUCCUUUCCCUCCGAUUUGGUCAUUUCCUUACUCUCGCUUUUUGCUUUACCGGUAAAGCCGAUCCAAACUAAUCUACCAUGCAUAGGUCUGGACCUCCGAAAAUGACCGCAAAGUGCCCUCCCCCACCCCCAACCACACAAGCCAUCACUAACAAACAUACGAACAACCCAGCUUCUGAUCCGCCUAAUAGAACGCUCUGCGAAAUCAUACGACACAGUAGAACUAGCCAAACUCUUCCCAGGAGCCACUCCUAAGGCAAUAGAAGAGCGAAUCGCAAAACUCAAACGCGAAGCAAAAGCAAUGGACAACCCAUCCGCCACCACCACAUCCUCCAACAAGAAUCGGAAACGCGGCACCGCAGCAGGCGCCGCUGCUGCUACCAGCGCCGGCGUGGGCGGCCCUGGAGGGAAAAAGAGACCGAAGACUGCUGCAACUGUUCCACUGUUCGUACCUGGAGUUUGCGGGGGUAAUAAUGAUGAUGAAGAGGAGGACAAAAAGAGGUUCGCCGAGGUGAUUAUUUCUGCGGAUGUUAGUAGGGUUGGGGUUCCGGUUGGCGUUGGAGAAUCUACGGAGGACGGAGAGGAGGUGCCAGCAGACAUCGGGCCUGUUUCGCCCGGGGUCGUGGUAGGUAUGGGUUUGGGUGACGAUGGUGUGGUUAAACCAGACCCGUGGGUUAAAGAGGAGCUGGUGGUACGCGAGAUACAGGAGCCUUAUAUUGACAAUAACUCUAUGGGGCUGGUUGGAGGGUUGAUCCUGCAACCCGAGGAGAAUUGGCCUAUUAAGCCUGAGAUGGUGGAGUGA